AUGUUUUUUUUUUCAGAAAUCUACGAUCCGCGCUUGUAUGACAUAAAGAAGAUCGAAAGCAUCCGUUCAAAUGUGAAAUUCGAACAAUGCUAUGAAAGCAGUGAACUUAUCGGAGAUGGCAAAUUCGGCAGAGUCUAUGCUGUACGAGAGAAGUCUAGUGGGAACGAAUUCGCUGCGAAAUUCAUCCGAAUUAAACAGCAAGCGGAUCGACAAGAAGUUGAACGAGAGGUUUCCAUUCUCACUCAACUUCGACAUCCACGUAUUGCACAGAUUUAUGACGCAUUCUACACCCCAAAUAAUGAAGUUGUAUUAAUUAUGGAAAUAGUUCGAGGAGGAGAACUGUUCGAUCGCGUGGCCGAUGAGAGCUAUGUCCUGACGGAGUUGGCAGUAGUAAUGAUCAUAUGUCAGCUUUGUGAAGCCAUUGACUACAUUCAUGAAAUGAAUAUUCUUCAUUUAGAUAUCAAGCCUGAAAAUAUCAUGUGUGUCUCACAGACGGGAAACCGGAUCAAAUUGAUAGACUUCGGUCUAGCUCGGCACUAUGAUGGAACACAGGUAUGUCAAUAUCCUACCAUAAGCCCUCAAACCUCCAGCGCAGUAAUUCUGGGGCGAAUGUUUCUCCCCUUUUCGGACAUAAAUUGCCAAUGUGGCCAGUAG